GUUAUAACAAGGUCCGACACUGCAGUGCUGACCUUUAGGCUAGAGCACUUGGAGGCAAAGCUCUUGUACUAAUGAUCCCGAAACUAGACAAAACUGCGUGGAAGCCAUCAGUGUGACACGUGACUUCAAAUAGUAGGUUGCAACCAUGGAUGUAUAAAGACAACUGUUGAAACGGGCUUCGAAGACGCUCAAUGAAAGGAACAUGUCCCCUGCUCCAGCAGAAGAGAUGGGCUACAAGCCCCUUGAUGGUGGUUGGGGCUGGAUGGUGGUGGUUGGGGCCCACAUUUCCAUUGGAUUUGCAUACUCCACACCAAAAGUCCUCUCCAUUUUCUUCAAAGAGAUCCAAGAGAAUUUAGGGGCGAGCUCCAGUGAGAUAGCAUGGAUUUCCUCUAUCAUGCUAGCUGCCAUGUAUGCAGGCGGACCAGUGAGCAGUCUGUUGGUCAAUCGCUUUGGAAGCCGGCCAAUAGUCAUACUGGGUGGACUGAUGUGUGGGGUGUCUAUGGUAACCGCUUCUUUUGGAAACUCCAUGGUUUACCUCUACCUUUGCAUUGGUGUCAUUGGAGGUUGUGGACUCUCCUUAAACCUUAAUGCAUCUCUCACCAUCAUCAGCAAGUACUUCCUGGUCAAGCGUCCUUUAGCUAACGGACUAGCCAUGGCCGGGAGUCCAGUGUUUCUGUGUCUCCUGGCCCCUGUCAACCAAUAUUUACUACACAAGUUUGGCUGGAGAGGAAGUCUCCUUAUCCUCGGGGGUCUGAUGCUCAAUUGUUGCGUUGCUGGGGCCCUGAUGAGGCCUGUCAUUCCACCUGGUAAGCCAUUCUCUAGUGCACCACAGAAGAAGGUGAAGGAACAGCCAAAUAAAUCCAACACCAAACUAAAAGGACGUAUGCAGAAUGCUAAGAAGUUCUUGGAUUUGACCUUCUUCAAGGAUAGAGGCUUUGUCAUUUACCUCAUUGGAAGCGUGAUGUUCAUCUUCGGUGCCUAUGGGCCCAUUGUGUUCCUGUCGGCCUACGCUAUUGACCAAGGCGUAGAGGAGUACUCCGCAGCCUAUCUGCUCACUAUCAUGGGCUUUGUAGACAUGUUUGUUCGGCCUGCCACUGGCCUGAUAGCCAGCAGCAAGUGGAUCCGGCCCAGAAUCCAGUACUUCUUCAGCUUUGCCAUGGUUUUCAACGGCACGUGCCACUUACUGUGCCCACUGCUCAACAGCUACACCUUCCUGGUGACCUAUGCAGUGUUUUUUGGCGUGGGCUUCGGCAUGGUUUUCGCCCUGAUAUUCGAAUGUCUGAUGGACCUAAUGGGAAAUGAACGCUUCCCCAGUGCUGUUGGACUGGUCACCAUCAUUGAGUGCAUCCCCAUGCUACUGGGACCCCCUACUGCAGGGUUACUGGUGGACAUCUUUGGUGACUACAAGUACCUUUUCUUCAUGUGUGGCUCAGUGAUCGUGACCGGCGGGCUCUUUCUCUUCGUCAUGAACAUCUACAACUACCACAUGUUGGAGAAGGAGAAGCCAGCAAAGGACAGAGAGCAGAACCAAAAAAGCAUAGAGAGCCAGGACCAGGUGAGCGCCUCAGAGGUAGAGAUGAAACAGACCCCCGAGGCAGCGAUGGAACGAACUGAGCCUGAGGCUAAAGAGACGGACGGAGCCCAGAGAGAUCCACUGCCGGAGAAUGCAGAAACACCAUAUUAAACGGGAAUUAAAUUGAACUCUCCAGUCAUGAUGCUAUUAAAUCACUGCAGAAGAAGAGGGCGCAACAAGAUGUUGCAAUUAAAAGAGCGGUAGUCUAAUCUGGAACGGUGGGAAACACUGUAGGACAUAUGACAUUUCUGUUUCUGUUUUGUUUAUACAUUUGAGAACGGUUACUUUCUCCUUAUGUUUUCUUCUUAUCGUUAAACCAACUUUUCCUCUUAAACCGAGCAAGUAUUUUUAACAUAUAUUUGAACAUUUUGCCGUGAGGAAGUCACCGCAGUUGUUACAAUCCAUCCUGAGGGGAACAUCAAUGUCUGGACUAAAUCUCAUGGCAAUCCAAUAGUUGUUGAGAUGUUUCACUAAAACACAUGUCAACUGUUUUGUGGUGCUAUUGAGGAAAAGUCAGAAUCUCAAAAUUCAGUCGGCGUCAUCCUGUGCGCACCAUGAAUGUUUGUACACAAUUCACAACUCUUAGGGGAGGCUGAAACACGCCUCAAUAUCUGAGAGUGAACAUUUGCAGAAACGGUUUCUCUCACAGGAUCAUGAAAGAACACUUCUUGUCUUGUGAUUAUUUGCUGGUCAUUGCAGAUAAAUGAAGUUUUAAUUGUUCUUGUGGUGAUGCAUGUAAUCUCAGGAGACUGUCAUGAGAUAUUUUGCACUUGUUUACAUAAUAAAACUGACACUUGGUUAUGUUCAUGAAAUACUGUAGCUGCCAGCAGAGACAUUGACGUGUUUAAAGUGUAAAGUGUAACUAGAUGCUUUACUAACGUCUGUAACACAACCUGAAGUGUGAUAUAGACUUCUGAACAUCCUCUAAAGCGUUUAAAUAGUCGUCAGCGUUUAUUUAAUUUGAACGUUAAUGCUGAAACGCAUUAUAAACUAUGAUGCGUGUUCCACAGUAAUGUAAUCAUUUAGCAGUGACAUUUGUUAUUUGGGAGAGAAUGGAUUUGAUUCUGUGUAUUUGCGCACGUCAAUGAAUGUGUUUGUAGAAGUGAGUGACAUAAAGAGUGUGUAUUACAAAUAUUCCUGAAUCUAUGUGAGGUUAUAUUUGAAGGUGAUGGCAGCUGUUUGGCUUCUGUGUCCCUGAACGCUUUAGUGUACUCGUUUAUUAGAGCUGCACUUCUGACGUCUUAUACACACAUGUGGUAGACACUGUACCGUAGACACCAUGGAUAAUCCUAUAUUGUUAACCUUAAUAAAACUCCUAUCUAUUUCA